AACAAUGCUGCCCAGAGGAGUGAUCGUUAAGGCUUUGUCUCGUUGCUAGCUAGAAAAAUUAGUUAUCGCAAGAGCGUUAAUUAAGAAAAAACUGAUUUUAGCACAAUAUUAAUAAAAAACCUUAACAUGGAUUCCCGUGUUACAUUUCAAACACAGAUCGCUAGCAUUAUGGACGUCCUAGCCAAAGCUGCAGUGGUAGAAAUUAGUAAACUGCUGGCAAAGGAAGAUGCUGUGGCUUUGCGUUUGGAAAUAAAGCGAAGGGACGAUGAGAUUGAAAAUCUGGUUAAACGUCUCCAGAUGACUGAGGGAGAACUGCACCGCAUGAAAGCCACUGUGAAAUCAUUUGUUUCUGGAAAAUGUUCAGUCGCCGUUCAAGUUGAAACGUCUAGAGAUAUGUUGGGUUAUGGAGGCACUUUCUUGCCUGAUAAUCAGUUCUGUGCAGAGGCUCCGCCACCGUUUAUACCGUGCGAGGAAGCAACUCGCAUCUUGGAAUCCGAUGAGGACCUGGAGUUUGAGAUGAAAAUUGAGCAGGUGGAAGAACCUAAUGACGAGAAGCGCAAACAGACACAGUCCAGCCACAGCGCAGCAGCAGAACAAAACCACCCUGGUUCGGAAUACAGGCUCGAUCAAAGGAGCUCACAGCUCUGGUCGUCUGUCGCUGUGACAGAAAAUGGGAACCAGCAAGAAUUCGGGGAACCGGAGUAUUCUGGUGGUUUCGAGCAACGCAGAAAAGAUUUCCUUGCACAAGCAGAGCAGUAUGCGGCCGCGCAUAUGCUGAUGGAGGACGGCAGCUGCUCCUUAGCGUUUGCCGACAAAGCAAACGUGAACUCGAGCAGUUCAAAGCCCCUUAAAAGCAACAGCCAUGAUGGAGGUGAGGGCGUUUCGGGGGUAAAGGAGACUGUCGCCGUGCAGCAGGCGCGGAGGGCUGCGGCGGCGGCACCACCAAAGCCGAAGCCGCGCAAAGCGUCCCACGCGCCGUCUGUAGCGAACGACAAGCGCGCACACCCGACAAGCGCGGGCGCGCUCGCGCAGCUCCUGCCGGACGCUCGGGAUCACGGCAGCGCCCGGUUUAAAAUCUACCCCUGCAGGGAGUGCGGGAAGCGCUUCACGCAGAGGAACCGUUUAGUGUCCCAUCAGUGGGUGCAUACAGGCGAGAGGCCGUUCCGUUGUCAGAUUUGCGGCAAGAUGUUCUCCAGACACGACAACUGCCAGAGACACGAGCGCCUGCACAGCUUGUAGGGAACAUACAGUGCUCUUGCGAAGAUUUUUAAGCAGAGGCGUCGCUAUGGCUUUUUUAUAUAUUGGGGCUCUAGACCCCAACGAUUUGCGCCUAGCCACGACAUGGAUUUCCUCUAGAGCCGUCGGAGUUGGGCGUAAAGUUAGUCAGUGGUUACAGUUUUAUCGUCGGUAAUUAAGCGCAACACUGGCGUAAAAAGAAAGAAAAUACAUUUAUAUUUAGCUAAGGCUGCGAGCGGAGAGCAUCAUAGCAGUGUGGGUUCACGUUCACUUAAAAUUAGACAUUUUUAUCUGUAAAUCUAUUAAUUAGCUGCUUUACGUCUCCUUCAAUAAUCUGAAAUUAGUUAAAUCCCCACCAUACCCUCCUGCUUUUGAAAUGAAGCAUGUAUGUCCAUGCCGUCUCAUGUUCUGCCUUCGCCGAAUUCGUAGCCGGCAUCGAAACAUUCGUGCUUAAGCCACGACGCCUCUGUUUUAACGCCUGUUUCUGUUCUCAAAUGACGAAAUCUGGUUCUCGUUGACACUCUGACUCUGUGACAUCGGGCCCUUGGUUGCUAAGAGCCAGUAAGACAGCUGGCGUGUGUGGUGGUUAUGACUAAAACAUUAGAGCAUUUAUUUUAUCCAACCAUGGGUACUGCAACAAUAAUCUGCCAGUACUCAUUUUUCUUACACUUUUAUUAAGAAUUUUAAUAUGAAUUCAUGUUAGGCAGGCAGAUGAGUAAAGUGACAUGAUUCACCUUCAGCUGCACUCUAUACAGGACCUUGGUUGGCCCAUGACAGUGAUAUAUUUCAGCAGAGGUCAAGGUCAAAAAUGAAAAAGUCCCUAAAUUCAGUGUUCUUUGCUCUGAAAUGAGAUGUUUUAUAUGUUGCAGUGGUCUGGUCUUAAAUAUCUUUCCAGUAAGUUAUUUUUGUGAGUUGUAAUGCUUAGUUUUGAGGUUGUGUCAACUAUUUUGUGAAUGCUUCAAAAUUACUUUUAUGGAGACAAUACUGAAAUGUUUCUUUCAUGUAUUUCGUGUUCAAUUUCAGUAAAAUUUUAUAAGUGACUAAUGGGAGGGGAAAAUAUGAUAGUUUGUCAUGUUUAUACUGUUAAGAUACGAAUGCUAUGGUCUUACCAAAUCAAUAUGACUGUGUAUCUUGUGUACCUGUAAUAAAUAAAAGAAAUGAACGGGGGGAUUGGGAGGGCGGGAUUGGGUUCUGCUGCUCAAGCACUCCUAUUAUGAAACACAGCCAUACAUAUAACAAAGUGAUUUUGUUAAGUAUAUCUGUAGUGUAUGUUUGUACAAUAGUUGGAAUAUUCCCAGUUUGAUUUAAAAUCUUGACACAAUAAAAUGAAACCUUUGAGGCCAA